CGAUUCCACCCAUGUUUAAACAGACUUUGGUAUCUUUCUAGAAAUAUAAAAACUAAGUCAUUCUCUGGUGAUAAGAAUAUAUAUUUUACAGUCAUAAUCACCUAGCACUGAAUACAACUAUCCUUCAACCAAAUCAAUCUUUAGUAUCUGUUUAUCUCCUGCGUAUUCCAACAUCAUCUAGCACUUACAAAAAGCAAUAUUUGGGAGAGCCUUAAUAACCAUGGCCCAUAAUUCUGGUGUUGACCGCGACAACAAGCUCGCAGCUCUUAACUCCGCCACCUUGGGCGCCGAGAUGCCUCAAAUAACACUCCCGGACGGAAGUAAAGUACAAACCGGGACUGUGGGUGCUCUACUCAUAAACAUACGCGCUUACAACGAAGCGCAUAAAGUUGGAGACAAAGAUAAGAAGGCGCAGCUAGAGGAGUCGAUGCGCGCGACACUGCCGCUUCUGGAUAAAGUUGGCAUGUUCGAUCUUUUCCCAGCAGAGGAGUGGAUUUCAGGAGACAACGAAGGUCGGAAGGUCGUAGGCAAAAUGUACCAAGAAUUCAAGUCACGGCGGUAGGGGGGGCACGAGAUGCUAUUAAUUUAGCUGUGGGAAGAAGAUCGGACGACGUAUAGAUAUCAUCAACGGGAAACUCCCAACUCCA